AUGCAGAGAGCAGAGGCGUCCAGCAGUAGAAGGUGGCGGUCGUCCGCAGCGGACACCAUACGUCAGCUGGAGCAAAUCUGGCCCACCCUGACGUGGCCGGCCAAGCGUCUGCCCGUACUGGACGUGGGGUGCGGACCCGGAGACAUCGUGGCCAAGUUCUUGGCGCCGCGGGUCCCUGAUGGCACGAAGAUAAUCGCUUGUGAUGCGUGUCCGGAAAAGUUGGAGCACGCUAAAGGGCGCAACUCUGUGCCCGACGUGAUCAUACACGAUUUGUUUGACGUGACGGGGAAGGACUUGCAGAACACUUCUGUCUGGAAGCAAGGGCCCUACUGCAAAGUGUUCAGCCUGAUGCAGCAGCUCUGGUUGCCAGAGAACAGGUGA